AUGACGCGCCCCGGACUCGUCAGAGCUGACACAAUCGAUCUCCAAAACCAAGACGCCCCUACCACCCAAGACCACCACUCGACCUCGCUCCAACCGUCAGACGUCGGCAAACACCAGGCCUCGGAAAUCCGUCAUGUUCGCGAAGAAAGACACGAAGAGGAGGAACAUCUGCACGAUGCUUGGAGUCGCGCUCACAAUGCCUUGGAAGUCAAUGAGUUGACCGACGACCAACUACAAGCCCACAAUCAUGAAAACGGCGACUCGACCGACGACUCUGAGCUGGACGACGACAUGCUCGACGAUCGCAUCUCCAGCUCUCCCUCUAUCGACGAUGGUGCGUACCCUGCUGUUGCUGCAAACAUUUGGCCAUGCCGUUCUUCAUCCUUAACACCUCCUCGCCAAACACUCAACUGUGCGGCAAUUGACUCUCCCGACUCGUCACCCUUUGUUCUUACUCCUACACACUUGCCUCUACAUAUCACUCCGGCUGCAGUCUCGACAGCUUCGCCUGCCUCGUCACUGCAGUCUUCUUCUCCUUUCAUGCUUUCCCCAAAGCAUUUACCGCUGUCAGCUUCCCCUCUCUCCACGCGUCAUCAUCAUACUGGUGAGUAUCAUGGUGGGUAUCUCAACGACAACGACAACAACAACGACCACGACUACGACCACGAUCAUCCAACGAAUGAACGUUAUGACGACCUUGACCAACAGCCGUUGAGGUCACAAGAUGACUAUCUGGAUUACAACUUCUCGCAUGGCAGAUCUGUCGAAGACCUUACAGCGAUACCCGAGGAGGACGCCGAAGAUGGAAUGGACGCGAGCGGUCUGUAUUCUUACGAUGGGGCACCGCCACCUGGCUUGACAUCCACCUCGAGAACUGCAUCGCCUUCUUCUUGGAGCACUGUGAGCGACGCCUCUGCUACUUCAAUCUUGGAAGACCUGGAACUACAAAACAAACAUGACGAUGAUGAUGACCUGGACAUUUCUUUUUAUUCUGAUGACCGCUUUGUUGAUUCCGGCUGGGGCGGCGAAUGCUUACGUGAAACAGAGGAUAUCGAUUUCGACUUCGUCUACGCCCUGCACACCUUUGUAGCCACGGUCGAAGGCCAGGCCAAUGCCGGAAAGGGUGACACCAUGGUUCUGCUCGAUGACAGCAACAGCUACUGGUGGCUGGUCAGGAUCGUAAAGGACAAUAGCAUUGGUAUGCUUGCGUCGUCACGCGACAACUAUCUGAACCAAGCUGACAGUCUCAAGNGUUAUCUCCCGGCCGAACACAUCGAAACCCCGACAGAACGCCUGGCGCGUUUGAACAAGCACAGAAAUGUUGAUGUAAGCAUCUCGAACACGGCUUCACUGGUUUUCACUGACAUGAGUGAAAAGCUAUCUGCUGCAAUGCUCGGAGAUACUGCCAAUGACUCGAAGAACCCACUCAAAAAGGCCAUGAAGCGACGCAAGGCAAAGACUGUACAGUUUACCGCCCCUACCUAUGUUGAGGCGUCUGACUACGACUACUCAUCUGAUGAAGAGGAGGGUAUGAUGCCUGAACCUCUGUACGGUAAUCAACAAGAUCAACACGAAGACUCGAACUCUGCAGAAGAAAAGUCAUCAGACAUUAAUACGACUGUGGUCGAGGUUGCCAGAGCCGACAGCCCUGAUCUGGCGAGUCCGGGCAAAGACAUCAAGGCUCCUAUUGAAGAACCGCUCAGUAGUCCCACAUUGGUUGACAAAACAGAAGCAGCACCGCUCAAGUCAUCCAGGAAGGGAACACCACGGAAUGCCGAUUCUUUCCUCAAAGACGAUGGGGCAGAGCCGCUCAAGAUUUCUCUUACACCUAAUCUACUGCGGGACAGCAGCAACGGUAGCCGCUUGGAAAGUACCAGCUCCAGCAUGGAAGGACUCGAGAAGACGGCUUNNCCCCGCCAGAAAAAAUCCAAAGACGACAAGAAAAAGAAGGAAAAGAAGCCAGGCAUGCUUAGUGGCCUGUUCAAGAGCAAAAAGAAGGACAAGCGAAACAAGAAUUCGGUUGACGAGGAUAGCGACGUUGAAAAGCUGUCAAGUGAGCUUGCUAGGCAAUCCACGUCAUCGGAUUCCAAUAAGGGCUCUCCCGUCGAGCGCUCUACCCAGUAUGUGGCCACAGAACCCAAAUCGAAGGGCAAGUUGCAGAAGCCGCCGCUCGGAGGGACCAAUGUUGCGCCGGUUGCCCCUCUGGCAUUUACUCCUGCACAAAAAUCAGCACCGGUACCUGCUUCCGCGCCUACUCUCGCUCCCAUAGCGGCAUCUGCUCCUCUGCAGCUGUCGUCUGCCUUACCCGCCUCACAACGUCAGCAAGAAGAACAUUCAGUUUCAGAAUUUGUUGCCGAACUUGAAGGAUCGAGCGUUGAAACUCCUUCACAACGCAACGUCGAGUCGCGCCAGCAAGAGCACAAACCCCCCAGCGAAACUCUGCUUGGCUCGCAUAUGCUUUCGUCAAUCACAAACAAGAUACGACAUUCGGAGUCUCAAGAAAACCUCAAGCCACAGAAAGUCAAGGUGAAGAAGGCCAAGGCCCGAGUGGAACUUGACGAUUUCGACGAGAUUAGUGAUGUCGAGGAGCACAAGGAAAUCCAAGCAAAGGAGUUUGAAGAUGGUCCAAGCGACGCAUUCAUGCACGGCACUGAAACGGUGCACAUCCCCAUCAGCCUCGAUGACGAGUCUUCAUCGCCAGACGACCACGAUGCAAACGAAGAAAGAGGCGGCGAGGAAAGCUCACAGCGCACCAGUUCGCCUAGUAUUCCCAACACACCCAAAGCCUCUCUCGAANAAACCCCUCACACCCAAUCCGAAAGACACACUCAACACGUUCCCUCAACUUCAUCCACCACCGACGACGACGAAACCACUCCUCUGGCCUCUACACGCCACUCGGCCAUCUCCACACCCCAGAACCCGCCUCCGCAUCGUCGCGCGCCUUCACCCCCUCAUCGCGCCUCUUCCACCACACCAUCCAACGCCUCUUCCAUAUCUCCUGCCUCUGCGCCUUCGCCCGCAUCAACGUCUUCACAGCUUUGGAGUGAUGCUAGUCUGCGCGCCUGGCUCGACGGAGCAGAAAACGAUGUCAGAGACAUGCUAGUCAUCAUCCACGACAAGACCGCCGUCAAACCGGUGGACAAAAGUCAUCCAUUGAUGGUUGAUUUGUUCAGGGAUGAAAGUCAGCGAUUAGCGGGUUUGCAGGCCGAACUCGAUGGAUUGCUCGGUGGGCUUUUGAAGUCUAGGAGGAAGAGUGGUGUUGUUGCUAGCUAG